AUGAAGACAUUUUGUUUAUAUAAGUUCAGAGAACCAUUUCAAAUAGUGAACAUUUCAGUACACUUGGACCAAGGUUUCUACGCAAGAGUUGAAUCCCUUGUGGCUCCAUUAUUCGAAGUGGAGAUCAGAUUGCUGGAUAAUGUGCUGAGUGAUUACUUGUGGGCCAAGGCUGUUCUUCUCACUUCUACCACAGUAGCUACAGCUGGUCUUACUAUUCAGGUCCCAUUGGCUGCCAUUGUGGACACCAUGACUGGCAAUGCUCCUCGCUUUAUGGAUUACCUUGGAGCAGUAGCUGUCAUGAUUGGCUUCACUGGAAUCAACAUUCCUUCUGACACUUGCAGCAAAUCCAGAGAAACUGCUGUGCAAUUGGAAAAUGAGAACUUGGAUAUAAGGACUGAAGAGCUUACUUUUCCUAGAAGCCAAAAUGGAGUUGCCUUAUCAUAG